AUGGAAGCCAGUGUUUUUGGAGUAUUUAAAAGAGACGAGAACGGGGUGAAUUGUCCAGUACGGAAUUGUACAGAUUAUAUUGAGCACACUCGGCCUCCAUUAUUCCCUGCAGAUAUUGAUCCUCUACAUAAAAAAUUCCAAAUAAUUUGUAGUAUUUCUAACGACGCUAUUCCAUGUAUAAACAACCUCAGAGAUCAAUGUGAUGGUACCGAGGUUUAUGCAUCAGCCGGAACAUUUCAAGCUCUUUUACAGUACAUUUGUCAUGACGGAUAUAAAGAGUUUUUAGCUCAUUAUGAUUGUUGGUCUAAUUCCUACUGGCAGUAUCGUAUGGGUGUUUGUCACAAUCUAGCCCCUGACGCAACAUGUUCAGAUCUAGAUGAACUAUCUGAAUGUGCUAUAGCAGUAACAUCCGAAGAAUGUGGUUCUAUAACUGGUGAAUAUAUACAGAGAGUUCUACAGAGGGGUCGAGAUUUCUUCCACGACUUCCUAAAAUACCAGAAACCAGAUGAAAGUCGUGAGAUAGAUAACCCUGAUGAUUCCAGAUAA